CUAACAUCUUUUAGGUUAUGUUUGUUAUUAAUUAAUUUCAAUUUUAAUUGUUUAAUUAAGGAUAAUCUUGAGAUGUUUCGAAGAUUUUAUCACGUUUCUGCAACGUUAUACAAUGUAAAAAAACAAGGCAUUAAACUUACGAAAAUGAUUAACCCUAAAAUGAAAAAACAGUGGUAUCCAUCGGACACAGUAGAUUCAAAUCCAAUGCCUAGUAUCAAAAGUUUGACAAAAACAUACAAUGAACCUGGUAAACGAGGAAUACGAAGAGUAGCAGUUUUAAAUAAAGUGUUUAUGAAAUACAUAACUGACAUUAUGUCGACCGGAACAGUUGCAAUCAAUAUAGUUGGCAAAGGCAUCGAAAUUUCAAAGGUUAGAGUUACUCCAGAUUUCUUAACAGUAAAUGUAUUUUGGGUUUGUAAAGGCAAUUCCACAGAUGAAGAAACAGAAAGUCUACUUAAUACUAUUGCAGGGGCUUUGCGUCAUGAAUUAUCCACUUUGAGAGUAAUGGGAGAAGUACCUUAUAUAGUUUUUGUCAAAGAUAAACAAGAAGCGCAAAUAGCGGAUCUGGAUCGCAGAUUAACCAAAGCGGAUUUUGGUGAAGAUUACACACCUACUGAGAUUGGCCAUAUGUUGAAAACAGAGUUCACAUCGAAUACUAAGCUUUCACCUGAAAUGAAGGCGAAAAUAGCACAGUUGGAAGCUGAUUUACCAAUAACAGAAGAUCCCUUACCAGAAAUGACUCAUAACGUUUAUGGAUUGGAUCACUCGUUAAUCAUGAAUAGGUUACUAGCGGCUAGACGAAGGAGUAAAGACGCAUGGAGCAGCCUUAAGGAAGAAUCACCAGUGAUUACUUACAGAGCACCUGAAAAUAAAGGAACUGAAGUAAAUACGGGAAAACAGAAACAGGAAUUAGCUGAAUUCUUGUUUAAGAGACAGAUUCUUGAAAGUAAACUACGUAAGCAGAAAUUUGAUACUCGCGAAUGGGUCGAAGUAAAUAAAGACAGAGAAGAGAAUGAAAGUUAUGAAGAUUUUGAGGAAGAUUAUUUUGAAGACUACGACGAUAUCGAUUAUGAUGAACAGUUACAAAGUAGUGAAAAUCCACCUCCAAUAAAAUAACCUUAAAUUAAAUAGAUAAAUAUGGGAAUUCGAAUUUUAAAUCCGACAAAAUAAAAGUCAAAGAGUGUGUAGCAAAGCUCCGAUUAAAAAUUAAAAUUCCAUGUUUAUGGUUCUACAUAUAGCCCAAUUGACAUUAUUGUAGUGUGUUUUGCGUCGCUUAUAUUAUUUGUUAUACUAUGCAGGGUUAUUCUUAACGGAUGGAUCUUAGCUUUGUGGAGGUAGAGGACUUCAAUAGUUAACGUUUAAGCGCAAAGUAUGUUUUCCUGAUUUGCUACAGUUUUAAAUUUAUUUAAUUUUUCUACAUACUUUUGCGCUCAUACGAUAACUACCUUAAAAAAGUCCUCUAUCUCGACAAUGCUUGUGAUUCGUCCAUUAGGAAUCACCCUGUAUACUCGUUUGUACCUCUAUUAUUUGUCAAAAUAAUUUAUUCCUAAUGAUAGUCAUUUCCAAGCAGAAGUGUUUCGAUUUCUAAAGCAUAUUUCCUAUUAUUCCUGAAACUCAAAGUUUUAUCCCAGAUCUUUAUAUUAAAUAGAACGCGUUUGUAUAUUUUACAUAAAGUACUGAUUAGUUC